UCUCCACUGCGCAUGCGCCAAGCGCAGUGGAAGCCAUGUUGGAUCUACACUGGAUCCUGGUUGGGAUUUUCUAACGCCGUAUGUUUUUCUUUAAAGAAAUCAAAUUUUCGUGUUUUUGUCGGGGUUCGUCAGCCGAACUCGAUCGUAAACGAUGAACUCCAGUGUCGACCUGUCCCGGCGGAAUCCACAGGAGGAUUUUGAGCUGAUCCAGAGGAUAGGAAGUGGCACAUACGGAGAUGUAUACAAGGCUCGUAAUGUAAACACAGGGGAGCUGGCUGCUAUCAAAGUCAUCAAACUGGAACCGGGUGAGGACUUUGCUGUCGUCCAGCAGGAGAUCCUAAUGAUGAAGGACUGUAAACACUCUAACAUCGUUGCCUAUUUUGGCAGCUAUCUCCGAAGGGAUAAAUUAUGGAUCAGCAUGGAGUAUUGUGGAGGAGGUUCGCUACAAGAUAUCUAUCAUGUAACUGGUCCUCUGUCUGAGUCGCAGAUAGCCUAUAUGUCACGGGAGACGCUGCAGGGUUUAUACUACCUGCACAAUAAAGGCAAAAUGCACAGAGAUAUCAAGGGAGCCAACAUCCUCCUGACAGACAACGGCUACGUCAAACUUGCUGAUUUUGGUGUGUCAGCCCAGAUCACAGCCACUCUCGCCAAGAGAAAGUCAUUCAUUGGAACGCCUUACUGGAUGGCUCCAGAGGUGGCGGCAGUAGAGAGGAAGGGCGGCUACAAUCAGCUGUGUGAUAUCUGGGCGGUGGGCAUCACUGCCAUAGAGCUGGCUGAGCUACAGCCCCCCAUGUUUGAGCUCCACCCGAUGAGGGCUCUUUUCUUGAUGACCAAGAGUAACUUCCAGCCUCCGAAGUUGAAAGAUAAACUCAAGUGGACAAAUAACUUCCAUCAUUUUGUGAAGUUAGCUUUGACAAAGAACCCAAAGAAGAGGCCCACGGCAGAGAAGCUGCUCCAGCACCCGUUUGUCUCCCAGCCUCUCAGCCGGACGCUUGCCAUUGAGCUGCUGGACAAAGCCAACAAUCCCGACCACAGCACGUUCAACGACUUUGACGACGACGAGCCCGAGCCUGAGUUUAAAUACAGAGGUCAUUUCCUCCCUGUAAGCCCCGGUGCCCGACGCGCACCCCGCUUUGCGGCUCGAAGGAAGUCUCCAGUCGCUGUUCCUCAUCGUAUCCGCUCCACCAGCAGGAGCACCCGGGAAGGAAAGACCCUAUCCGAAAUCAACUUCGGACAAGUGAAGUUUGAUCCUCUCUUGAGAAAAGAGACGGAACCUCAUCACGAGCCGUGUGAUUCUGAGCCCUAUCUGGACUGUGUUGAGGAGCUCUACUAUACCGCGAGAUCUAAUCUGGACUUGCAUUUGGAGUAUGGCCAUGAUUCACCAAGUCUGCUUGGAGGAAACAAGAGUCUUCUGAAGUCUGUCGAGGAGGAGCUUCAGCAGAGGGGCCAUGUUGCACACUUAGGGGAUGAUGAGGAUGAUGAUGGUGCAGAUGAUGAUGAUGAAACUCAGACUCACAAAUCCAGCACUAUUAAGAGGCCAAAGGAGCCCCCUCCCCUCCCCCCAAAGCCAAAGUCUAUCAGCUCCUCUCAGCAGCCCCCUCAGCAGAAAAAUGACGAGAGCCAAUUACACCACGAGGACGACGCAGGAGGAGGGGGAACCAUCAAGCGCUGCCCGAGCUCAGAGGCUCCGAGCCCCGCCAAGCCGUCCUCCAGCGUCCCCCCACGGCCUCCGCCCCCGAAGCUGCCGCCCCACCGCCGCAGCAGCCUAGGUAACGACAGCCCGAAGCGAAAAGACGUGGGAAACUCUGCCCCAGAGGAGGAUGAUGAUGGGAGCUUUAGGCAUUUCUGGGAAUGGCUCCACACGCCUCACACAGAGGAGGAGCUGGAGGAGGCUUGGGAGGUGCUGAAGGAGGUGAAAGAGGAGCAGGAAAAGGAAGAGAGUAAUGGACUUAACUCUCCUCACAAUGGAGAGAGGGAAAGUGCAGGAGAGAGGCAGUCCACCAUGCCUCCUAGUGUCCCUGUAAGGAAAGACAAGAAGGAUGUUCCGAAGCCUAUCAGUAACGGUCUUCCUCCAACACCUAAAGUUCAUAUGGGAGCCUGUUUCUCCAAGGUGUUUAACGGCUGUCCGCUGAAGAUCCACUGUGCCACGUCGUGGAUCAACCCUGACACUAGAGAUCAGUAUUUAAUAUUCGGAGCUGAGGAGGGAAUCUACACUUUAAACCUUAAUGAGCUUCAUGAGACGACGAUGGAGCAGCUCUUCCCUCGGAGGUGUACGUGGUUGUAUGUCAUGAACAGCUGUCUCCUUUCUAUAUCUGGAAAAGCCUCCCAGCUGUACUCCCACAGUCUGUCUGGGCUCUUUGAGCAGGCUAGACAGCUACAGAAGUUACCGGUAUCCAUUCCCACACACAAACUGCCUGAUAAGAUCAUCCCAAGGAAGUUUGCUGUCUCCAAUAAAAUCCCAGACACUAAAGGAUGCCAAAAGUGCUGCGUAGUCCGUAACCCGUACACCGGCCAUAAAUACCUGUGUGGGGCCUUCCAGUCCAGUGUCAUGCUGCUGGAGUGGGUGGAGUCCAUGCAGAGGUUCAUGCUCAUCAAGAACAUUGACUUCCCGCUGCCCUGUCCGUUGGAAGUCUUUGAGAUGUUGGUGGUGCCAGAGCAAACCUACCCUCUGAUCUGCGUGGCGGUCAGCAAAGGAACCGAACUCAACCAGGUGGUUCGAUUCGGCACCGUCGACCCCAAUGCUACCUCCUCCUGGUUUACAGAAGCAGACAUGCCGCAGACGUGUGUGAUCCACGUCACACAGCUGGAGCGAGACACUAUUCUAGUCUGCCUAGACAGAUGUAUAAAAAUAGUGAACCUGCAGGGCCGGCUAAAAUCCAGCCGGAAGCUAUCUGCUGAACUCACCUUUAACUUCCAGAUCGAAGCGAUAGUUUGUCUUCAGGACAGUGUACUGGCCUUCUGGAGACAUGGCAUGCAGGGUCGGAGCUUUAAGACCAACGAGAUCACACAAGAAAUCUGCGACAACACACGCAUCUUCAGACUACUGGGAUCUGACAGACGUGCUGAUUGUAGAGACCCAGAGUCUGAGGACAGAGACCUCGCUCUGCGCAGGGUGGUCGUGUUGGAGAGCCGGCCGACGGACAACCCCACAGCUCAAAGCAACCUCUACAUCCUGGCGGGCCACGAAAACAGCUACUGAGUCCCACCUGAACACUAACACAGACAAGGGAGCAUCAAAACCAAGUGGUAGUCGCAUUCAUCCCAGCACCGCAGCUAAACCCUAACCCCACCUCGGCCUCCUGAUGAUGAGACCGCGUUGUCAAAGCAGAUGUGGGUUUUGCAGCCUUUUAAAAUGCACCAGUGUGUUGUAUGGGAAAGGGGGGGUGGGUCUACUGUGUGCCCAUGCAAUGAGUCUAAAGAACUGGUCUGAAAGCAGUGAGAGUUCUCCAUCCAACCUUCCCUACAGAUGACUCCUGGCGUAUAAAAGCAUCCAGAUACACACCAACGCUAUGCUAGUUGUUAUACUACUGCUGUUUGUGCUGAAGCUUCAUAGAAGGGCCUCCGUGCCCCAGAAAAACCCCCUUCCCAUCUGUCCUUUGACCUAGUUUUCUGUCUCCCCGCCUUUUUUUUUUUUUAACUGUCCCUUUAUUUAUUGUGGCAUGACGUAACGUAAUUAACCAGGAUUGGCUUUCUUUUUUUGCCGUAAAAUGUUUUUUUUUUUUUUUAUGAGAAACAACGGAAGAUGUGCCACUUUGGCUUAGAUUUAAUCCCAGUUCCCCAACACUACACCACACAAGUGCUUAUUAAACCUUUAUUUAAUUUUUGUAAAUACAUUUUUUUUUAUUUUUUUUUAUCGUUGACAAAGAUGAACACUAGUAAAAGAAGAAGGUCUGGUUGUGUGUAUAGAUGUGUGAAUAGCUGCUCUGUGGAACUGGAGACUCAAAGAGGUCAUGACGUUCGGGUCUCCUUGGUGCGACUUUAGUGAUCAGACUUUCCCCUUAAAAAAAAAGGUUUGCUCUAUCGGAUCCUGACAAA